AUGCCAUUAUUUGUGAUGAUCGUAGUCACUGACACCAUAUACAACACGUCUAUUUCAGACUUUACUAGGAAGCAGGUUGAGGCUCUAGAUGAGCAGCUAACGUUAGAGAAACGCAGGGCACUGGAGCUCAGGGACGACAUUGAGAAACGCGAUCGCCGUAUCCGAAUCCUGGAGCAGCAGCUGAAAGCCAAGGAUAAACAAUAUAUACAGGAGUUGAAAGGUGUUAAGGCAGAAAUUAGUGUUCUUCACAAAGAGCUAGAUCAGAAGUCGAGCAUGAUAGCCUACCUGACAACACAGCUGCACCAAGCUAAAAUAAAUAAUCGCUCUAGAGAGCAACUACAGAAAAGCGGUACCACUUCGACAACCACAACUGUGAGCAUGACAAAUCUCAACACCCACGCCCGCACACCAGCCAGCCAAUCAUCACGUUUACGUGCGCCCUCUACAUCAAGACUGCCAACGUCUCCAACUCCGCCUCGAUCGCCAUGGCCUGACCGAACCACUGUGAGGCGCUCAUGGCAUGGCCAGAAGUACGUUCCUAUCGGUAGCAAAGGUGUAGAAAACGCUGCACCUGUGAACGGUGGCGGCGCGCGGGCGAAGCCAUCAGCGGGGUUUGCGCGACACAGCACGUCCCCCGCACGCAGCAAGCAGGGUUCACCGCAAGGUUCACCACAGGCCUCCAAGUCGACCAGCGUCGUGCCGGACCCCGCUCCGUUCCUCGCGCACCCUGACCCUGCGAAGCCUGCGCACCAGAAGUCCGUGCUCCCGCCCAUCAACGUGACGAACGCGCUCGUUAACAAAGCGGUGGGAGGAGGCCGGAGUCUCAUCGUGAAGAAGUGUCCGUUGCGGCCCGGCAGUAGGGAACGCAAGGUGGAGACCAUAGCCGUCGACGUGACGGCGGCGAAUAUUCAACCCAGUCAGAACUCGCCUCCGACCGACGCGAGCUAGUUUCACCGCCGACCACUGCGCCGCGUCCAUGCUCGAUGAUUCAGAUGAGUGAUUGCUACAUCAAUGUGUGAAUUUUUUUUAAAAAAACGGUUCAAUUUUGCUCGUCCAACUAGGGCCUUCGUCCGGCUGAAACCUUCUUCGGCAAGUGGGAAUUAGUUGACACGUUGUUUUUGUGAAUGGUAAGUGUGGCGAGCGAACUGUUGUGCACUGAACAGUUUGUUUGUUUUCAUUCUUCAGGCAUAUUAGGCUAAUUACGAAUUUAUGACUGAGCGUUAGUUAAUUUCAUGCCGAUACAGUAUUUUAAUGGAAUGUAUAACCUACAGUCAGGAGCAGUUUCAUGUUAAAGAAACGACUGGUGGCAAAUGCUGAUUCACUCUUACACAGCUUCUGCUUAUCUUAGAUGCGAAUUAUUCUCAGCUUUAUGAAGUGUCAGUACCAAUGCUUAACCUAUUAGUACGUUUUCUCUGCUGUAUAUUAAGUCAAAUCAAUGACCGCAAGCAUGGCAAAGGGGAUGUAUGCGUUCCCUAUCGAGAUAACAGGAGUUAGGGUAAACUUCUCUUGCUAGGUUGAAAUGUGAGCUAUAAGUUUUCAGGUCAGACAUCAGUAACAACACAAUAAUACAAAAUAAUUUAAUAAUACAAGUAAUAACUGGGGAAUAACAUAUCGCCAUGUUGAUGUAUCAAUGUUCAUUGUAUGAAGUGCAUUGUGUAAGUGUGUCAGUCCUGUGUAUCCACUUACUGAUCCUGCGACCCUUCUUAUUUCAACAUUGCUUUUCGAUUUUCUUCUCCUUUCUCUGUCUCAGUUUUCCCAUUUGCUUUUUUAUCGCACUCGUAUUUUUAGCCUGCUUGCUUGCUUCCGUGGCAGUUUCUCUCUCUCUCUCUCUCUCUCUCUCGCUGUCUCUCUGUUUCUGGGCAGGUUCCACGUUUGGUUACCUACUGCCAGGAAUGCAGCAACCCCAUACAUGCUUCUCAUGGUAUGAAUCUCAGAUAGCCUUCUACAACUGUACUCUUUAAACUUAUAUAACCUUUUACUGUGCGGCAUUGUCGAUGGUUUUAUAUUUGGCACUAAUAUAAACCAGUCAUGUUCUAGGUGGGAGUAGUCUUGUGUGAGCCAUGUAUGUGAUAACAAUGGUGGCUGAAUGAAUAAUGAGGACCAGACUGUGAGGGGAACUUAAUGUGAGGCAAAAUAUAAUAAUUAAUCCAGCAAUUGAAGGCAAAUCACAAGAGCAUCGUAGCGAGUUUACUAGUAGAACAUAGAGUAAUCAAAAGAAAGAUGGCAUUUUUCCAUUAGUAAUGAGUAGCUCAUUACACAUUACAUAAUGAAGGAGGUUUCAGUUGGUGUUUUAAAACACUAAUUACUUACUUCUCUGUUAGUAUCCAGACAUCUAGUCAUUUGUGAAACACACAGUCUGCUCUGGCGUGAAGCUUUUUUCUGUCAGCUUGUAUGCUAUUGUUGUUUCAUGGCAGCUACGAUGACAAGAACAUAACUUGUACAUUGAAAACGGUUUUUGUGUUGUCAAAUGCGAAUGUUUUAAUAAAAUGCAGACUUGCAUUACACAAUGGCA